UCUACAAGCCAUUAUCGUGUUUGCUGUUGAACAGCUUGUACGCUAAUAACUUUCUUAUUUUAAUUUCCUAGUAGUAGUGUAACCUUUUUUAGAACUUGAUUACCAUGGACGAUUACACUAAGCGUCUUGUGCUCUGCUUCAGCGAGAAACUCGAUCAGGCCAAAGUCGGCUACAUCGAAUGGAACUCUUUCAAACUCAUGGCCAUGAGAGCCACUUUCCAGCAGUGCGGAGGCACUCACAAGGAUGAAGUUUACGAAAUGUAUUUGCAACAGUCGAAGCUGUGGUGGGACUCGUUGGUCCGCGACGUCGGCGCCGAUGCUCAAGGACGGGUCCACUACAUCGACAUGGCCAACUACGUCCGAGGCAUUUCCAAAGACGCCAAAGACUUUGAACAACUGCCGGAAUUCAUCAAAAAUCUGGCCAAUCUCGUUUUCCUCAUGAACGACAAAAAAGCUGACGGCAAGUGGGACUUGGAAGAGUACCGCAACGGAGCCGUCGGUUGGUGUCGUUACGUCACUGGUAUCAGCGACAUCGACGCCGCCUACGAGACGUUGAUGACGGCAGCGGAUGUUGAUCGCACCAUCUCCUUCGAUCGUUACAAAGCGAUCGUCUUCGAGUUCUUCACGUCGGCCGAUAGCAACACUCCAUCCCGCCACAUUUUCGGCCCGUUGGAGCUCUGCAACAUCGAUUUGGCUCUGACUACCAGCUCCAAGCAGUAAACACACCGCUGCUGCUGGAUCUUUUUUCUAGACGCCUGGCGAGAAUCUUUUCAAGCGGAUGACCAAGAAAAAUGAGCAACAUUUUUUUUUUUUAUUUUUGGCUACCCAAUGCUGAGCUUUAUGUUGAGAUCCCCAUGUCCUUUGUUCUUCUUAGCAAUACACGACGCCAGUUAGGCGUCGAUUUCUUCUCAAA